GCGCUAUCGAAUACAAAACAAUUAAUAAUUUUCAAUUUUGUUUCUCCCUCCGACGGAUUGCCCUGACCCACUGACAAGGGACCCGAUGCUUGUAGAAUUUCCUUGUGCCCACUGACAUCACACGCUAUAAAUACAUACAUUAUUGUUUGGCGGGGUUUCAGCUAAGGCGUCCCGUUUGCUGUAUCGAACGCCCGCUGGGCUUUAUUUAAAAUUCAACUUCAUUCCCUCUUUUUCCCCGAUUAAAUCAAACAAUUAACUAACCAGCACUCGAAACCGUUAUACCUUUUUCUCCGUAUUUCCUAUUUCCUUUUAGUAUUUGCUGCAGCAAUGUCCACACUUGUGUUAAAUAUUAAGGACCACCUCCACAUUGGUGCCAAGGAGGGUGCAGUUCUACCCCGCGAACCGUCACAAGACGAGAUCGAUUCUCUGAAACAAAAAUAUGACAAAGCCGGACAGGGACAAGUGUUUGCCUUCUUCGAUGAGCUGAAAUCGACAGAGAAGGCCCAACUUUUCGAGCAGCUCUCCAACUUCAACCCAAACCGCAUUAACGAGCUUGCCAACAAGGCGCUCAACCCCGCCGCGACCUCACAAGAUGGCAAAGAAACCACUCUCGAACCUCUGCCGGAAUCAGCGACAGCGUCCAUGAUCGAUUCAGAUACCGAGUCUCUACAACGAUUCUACGCAUCUGGCUUGCAAUUGAUUGCUGCCAACAAGGUGGCAGUUGUGCUCAUGGCUGGCGGCCAGGGAACUCGGCUGGGUAGCGCUGCUCCAAAGGGCUGCUUUGAUAUUGGGCUUCCAAGUAAAAAGUCACUUUUCCAGAUACAAGCGGAGAGAAUUGUGAAGCUGCAGAAGUUGGCUCGGGACUCAUCGGGCAAUAAACACGUGGUUAUCCCCUGGUACGUGAUGACCAGCGGGCCAACCCGACAACCAACCCAGUCAUUUUUUGAGGAACAUAAUUUCUUUGGCCUGGAGAAGAAGAAUGUUAUAAUCUUUGAGCAAGGCGUGCUACCCUGCAUAUCUAACGAGGGGAAAAUAUUAAUGGAAAGCAAGUCAAAGGUCGCGGUAGCACCUGAUGGUAAUGGCGGCAUAUACCAAGCGCUAUUAACAUGGGGCGUCCGAGCAGAUAUGAAAGAUAGAGGCAUCGAGCAUAUCCACGCGUACUGCGUCGACAAUUGCCUCGUGAAGGUUGCCGAUCCUGUAUUCCUCGGCUUUGCGGCAUCAAAGGGCGUUGACAUCGCUACCAAAGUCGUUCGCAAGCGGAACGCCACCGAGUCCGUCGGCCUGAUCCUUCUGAGGAACGGAAAACCAGAUGUUGUGGAAUACUCAGAAAUAGACAAGGAGACUGCGGAAGCCAGGGAUCCCAAACACCCUGACGUCCUCAAAUUCCGCGCAGCGAAUAUCGUGAACCAUUACUACUCGUUCCACUUCCUCGAGUCUAUCGAAACCUGGGCGCCCACCUUGCCACAUCAUGUUGCCCGCAAGAAGAUCCCUUGCAUCGAUACUAAGACAGGCGAGGUCAUAAAACCUGAGACGCCCAAUGGGAUCAAACUAGAACAGUUUGUAUUUGACGUAUUCCCAUUGCUGCCGCUUGAAAAAUUUGCAUCGAUUGAGGUCAAGCGGGAAGAUGAAUUUUCGCCGUUGAAAAACGCUCGGGGCAAAGGGGAGGAUGAUCCUGAUACCAGCAAGAGAGAUAUCAUGCGCCAGGGUGCGCGGUGGAUUCAAACUGCUGGUGGCAUUGUCGAGACUGAAUCGGAAGAAGCAUCCGGCGUUGAGGUUUCCCCUUUGAUAAGCUACGGUGGAGAAGGUUUGGGCUUCCUGAAGGGUAAAACCAUCAAGGCGCCAGCGGUAAUUGAAAGCGAGGCUGCGGGGACUUGAACCCCACCCCGAAAUUAAGCUCGGUAACAACAAUCCUCGCUAUGAUAUAAUUUGUGAGAGUGGCAUAUUUCCAUCAGUUUUCCAUAAGUUUACCAUUAGUCGGACGAUUGGGAAGGAUAUCUGUUAGACAUCCGGCGCGAUUUUUUUUCCCCUAAAAAAAUAGGCUGUCACAGGGGGUACUACACAAAGGGGAUAUGCUAUAUAUUUAUUCUAGCUACUAAUAAUUACCAUCGCGCCCAUGAAAUAUUUUCCAAGUAAUAGUACAUGUGCCCAUCUCUGUGGUGAUAUAAUAAA